AUGGCCGCUCGAAUUCCCAUCAGCAAGGUCCCGGCCAUGUUCGCCCGCCGCCAGCCUCGGACUAUCCAAAUCUCUAAGCGCAUGCAAUCCUCCUCCGCACCACAAUACCACAAUCCCGCCUACCCCCUCUACCCCUCCGUCAGCCAGCUCCUGCACCAGAAGAACAUCCCCGAGUCAGAAAUCUCCAAGAUUCCCGCCUCAGGACCCAAGGGCCGCCUCCUGAAGGGUGAUGUCCUCGCCUACAUCGGUCAGAUCGCCGCCGAGUACCCAGCCGCACAAGCCACACAGCUCGCCAAGCUGACCCACCUCGACCUGAGCAGCAUCAAGAUCGCAGCACCGGUCACUCCCGCCGCGCCGGCCGCAGAGCUCAAAGAGGAACCGGUUAUCGCUAAGCCGCCGCCUAUGACCUCAAUCGCAAUUUCCGUUUCCCUUGCGGCCGUUUUGUCCGCCCAGAAGAAGAUCCAGGACAACCUAGGGGUCACUGUGCCUCUUUCUAGGUUCUUGGCUGUGGCUACUGAUCUCGCCAACGACGAUUUGCCUCGCGCGAAGAGCGACAAGCCUUCUGCUGAUGAGCUGUUCGAGGAGGUUCUCGGUGCGCAGCCUGUUACCAUUUCGCGUGGUGACUACAUUCCUGAGUUGAAUGCUUACGAGGCUCAGGCUCCCCGUCGGGUGGAGCCUGUCGCUGAGGAUAUUAUUGAUAUUCUGAGUGCCAAGCCUGGCAAGAGGGCUUCUCCGGUAGCGUCCGCCGUUGAGAGCUCUGCUGGUGCUUCCAAUGUCUUCAGCUUGGAAGUUCCGGUUGGUGAGGAGGUUCGCGCGAAGGAGUUCUUGGAGCGGAUCAAGAACCUUCUACAGGUCGAGCCUGCACGUCUGGUGCUUUAA